AUGGCCUCUGCAACAGCCCCGACCGCAGAGGUCACGAGCACGGCGAAACGCGCGUCGUCUCGUGCCCGAAGACGACCUGACGUCUACACCACAAGUCCGUUCACAAGCAGCAAACGCAAACGAGACGAACGAGAAGCACCAGACGCCGAUGGAGACGUCAAUAUGGACGGCGAGGAGGAGUCGGAAGAGGACGACGAGCCUGAAGACGACGAGCCCGCUGAAGAGGAGGUAUGGGAGAAGGCAAAGAAGGCACGAAAGCCAAAGAGCAGUGCGCCCAAGAAGCCGGCGCAAAAGAAACCAAAGGCGAACGGCGUGACGCUGCCGAUACGGGCGGCAACGAAAGGCCCGGCAAAGAAGCGUGCUCCAAAGAAAGUCAAGGUCGCAGACAGUGCGGACGCUGAAGCAGCGGGCGGCUUGUACGCAGAGGUCUUUGCACAUGACAAGACGAUUGAGCAAGUUGUCGCAGAGUGGCUCGAGGCUUUCGCGGAGCACGAGUCGCUGGCAUUGAGCGAUGUCAUCAACUUUGUGCUCAAAGCGGCUGGAACCAACGGCAAAGUGACAGAGCACGAUACUGAAGAUCCGGACAACGCCAGCAACAGGAUUACAGACUUGCAGGAGGAGUUUCAGGCCACGGAACCCACUGAUUAUCCUAUGAUCGCAAAGGGCAAGGGCCUGAAUGCGAAUGCCUUCAAGAAGACAGUGUCCAGUUUCUUCGACAUCUUGAUCCAGACCAUCGCCGCGAAGGGCUGGCUCACGACGAACAGCGAGCUGAUUGAGAAUGUCCAGGUCUGGCUUUCUUCACUUACAUCUGCUACGAGUCGUGCCUUCAGACACACAUCCACAGUGUGUGCGCUCAGCGUGAUCGGCGCGCUCUGUGAAGUGACCAAGGGCUUCGCACAGAAGGCGACCGAUGAUCAGAGUCUCGCCGAAUCCGAACGCAAGAAGAAGAACGCCAACAAGGGACGGAUAAAAGACUUCGAGCAAAAGGCAAAAGAGGGCCAUGAACAGCUGGAAGUCGGACGAGAGCUGCUACGAGACUGGUUCGACACAAUCUUCAUCCACCGCUACCGUGACAUCGACGCAAACAUUCGCCGCGACUGUGUUGAGGCACUUGGAGACUGGAUUGCGAUACUACCCGAUCAAUUCUUCGACGGCAAUCAUCUCCGAUAUCUGGGAUGGUUGUUGAGCGACGAGAAUCCUUCAGUGCGUGCUGAGGUGCUGAAGCAGCUUCAUCGAUUUUACGGCGACAGCAACAAAUUGGGCGGCCUCAAGACCUUUUCCGAACGCUUCCGCCCUCGUCUGGUCGAGAUUGGCACAUCUGACGCAGACAUCAAUGUUCGCAUUUCAGGUCUCGAGCUCCUGGACUUACUCCGCGAAAACGACCUUUUGGAGCCAGAUGACCACGAUCUCGUUGGACGCCUUGUCUUCCACGACGAUUCCAAGAUUCGAAAAGCUAUUGCUGGUUUCUUUGCUGCAAGCGUCAAGGACCUCUACGACUCCAAGGUCGAAGAGCUGGGUGGUGAAGAGGCUUUGGAAGAUGCACUACCUGACGCCGGCGACAGCAAUUUCGAAGCGCCACGGAUUGCAUGGCUGAAGUACAAAGCUUUGGCCGAGAUGUUACAAGCCUACAACCAAGAUGAAGAUCUGCCGGCGCAGAUCGAACGCAGCAAAAUUGACGGCAGCCUUAUACUCCGAGCUGGAGGCUGUGACUCCCGCUUUACUUGUGCGGUGGACGCUUUGUACGAGGAGAUUAAGGAGAUCCAAGAAUGGCAGGCCGUUGCAGGUUACCUCCUCUUCGACCAUUCACGUGGCCGAGCUAAUGGUGUUGGUGAUGAUCCUCUUUCACAGCUUAAGCACGAAAGCACACUACAAGAAGCCGAAGAGAUUAUCCUGCUCGAGGUCCUCAACGCCAGCGUGAACCGUUCAUUGAGCGAUCUUGCGGAGCGAAUCACCGGUUCCAAGUCGAAGCUUUCGAAGAAGCAAAAGGAGGACCUCGAGGAAGAACAGGAUGAGGCUGUUCGACAUCUGACAGAUCUCAUUCCCAAACUACUCCGAAAGUUUGGCGACGUCCCACAUACUGCUGCGGCUGUGCUGCGGAUUGGGAACGUGCUGGCUCUACCAGCGCUUCAAGGUCUCAGGCACGACUCUGCUGCGAGCGCAGCCUUGCUCGAUGAUCUUCGCAAGCAGUUCAUGUCUCAUGGCACUGACGAAGUGCUUGCGCCAGCUACGGGAGCCAUCUCACAUGCCAUUGCGUAUGGUGAGCUGGACGAGUCCGCUCUGGAGAAAGUGUCAAGUUUGUGGGAAGAUGUGGUCAGCAAUUUGGCUGAGCUACUGGACGUCAAGACCAUCACCGUUCGCGGCUGCUCGCAGCAAGAGGAGCUUCUCGCACUCGCCAACAAUCUCCUGCGAAUCAUCCGGUUGGCUCCAACGUCGAACCCCACCGAACCGUUAGAGGACACCAGCGUCGCUGCCAAGGACGAGACCAUCGGCAAGGAGUACAAUGGUGCUAUUGAUUUCAUCAUUGACCUGACCAAGCGAGCUCAGCAUUCAAGUGGCCCGGCUCCUGACCCGGAGGAGGCUGCGCUUGAAGAUAUUGUCGCGACACGAGCUGCCGAAGCCGCCCUCUUCUACUUCCAAUGGAAAAUCACCGCCAUUGUCAACACCGUCAAGGCUGGUCAAGAGGUGGAGUACGAGAAUCUCGCGGCUCUUGCAGAACGUCGAGAUGCCUUUGUCGAAAAUCUGGCAGGCAUUAUGGACGGCAGACGAGCGGGCGAUGAAGUUUCGCCGAAGGCCGCUCGACACCUUCUGGAUCUAUACAUCACCUCUGCUGUGUUGCGAACGCAGCAACCUCGUCCUGGUGUCAGCGACGACUACACUGUGCUCGUCAUAGACUUGAACGCCGAUCACCAGAAAGCCAUCAUGAAAAUCUUCGCCGCAGCAGAGAGGGAGUACGCGAAGCUCAGCAACAGAAAACUGGAAAUCCCAGUCUCAGAGUCGAAAGACGAUGACGACGAUGUCGACGCAGAUCCUAUAGACGACGAUCCUCUCUCAGAGGACGAAGACGAAGACGAGGAGACUCAACAAACGCAAACGCAACCUUCCCGACAACGCGACGCCAAACUCUCCAAGCCCGUCCUCGCCGAAGAACGCCUCUGCCAACUCACGACCAAACUCGUCUGGGCCAUCCUCGCCGGCAUCAUCGACGACAAAGCGGCCCGGAAGCGACUCGAGCGCAACAAGAACCGGCUAGGCCCGAAUUUCAAGGAAGUCCUCGCCUUCCUAGACGUGGGCAAAGGAGGUGGUGCAAAAGGCAAAGCUGCGAAGAAAGCUCCCGCGGCUGCAAAGAAGGCCGCCCCACCGAGCGGCGCAGCCAAAGCUGGCAAGGGUAAAUCAAACCCUAAGAGCAAUGCCAUCGUCGCGGAAGACGAGGAUGAGGAUGAGAUUGAAGACGAGGACAUGGAGGAAGGUGAUGCGGACGUCCUGAAGAGGAGGGAAUUGGACGUCGAAGAUGAUGAGGAGCCACGAGACGAUGACAUGGUCAACGGAGCGCCUGCCGAUGAUGAUGAGGAGAGCGUGCUGGGGGAUUAA